AUGUCUCUCAAACGAAAGAGAGGAAUCGAGGAGAUCAUCGACUCCCGAGUCGUCACUUUCGUCAUUGGCAAAGGCGAUUCGAAGCGCGAAUUCCGUGUCCACGAAGGAGCUUUGGUCCACCUGUCGGAGCCUCUUCGACACCUACUUGCUGGAGGCAUGAAAGAAUCCCUUGAGGGCAAGAUCAUUUGGGAUGACGUCGAACCUACCACCUUCCUCCUUCUUUUGGACUAUGCUUACUCCGGCUCCUACCCCAUUCCCUACCCCGGGUACAAACACAACGACGAAUCCGACUCAGAGGAAGAAGAAGACGCCAGUGAAGACAAUGAAUAUAAUGACUCACUACGAACAUGGGUCAAGCACGCGUCGUCAGUGCGAGGCAACAAACACCUCGCAGUAUUGGAGUUUUGUAAGGAGCACUUCUCCGAGUAUGGAGUCAAAACAGACGGAGGUCAUUCGCUCGGAAAGAAGGAAUCUGAGGGACAGGAUCCAGAAAUAAUUGUCGCAUUGGAUCACCUCUUGAAGCCAUCACAACUCUACAUUCUCGCCGACAGGUAUCUCAUCGAUGAUCUCAAGGAAUCGUGCAUCAACGAUGUUGGCCGAAAGCUGUGGAACGCAUCUGUAGACGACACGCUAUUCGGUCACGUGUGCUCCGUCCUUCGCUUCCUCCAUGCACAGACAUUACCUGAGGAUAAACUUCGAAAGCUAUUUCUACGGUACCUCAUUGGGUAUUUGCAAUAUGCGAUGCCAAACGGAGCUGAAGAACUGAUCCGCGACUUUGCAGACUACGCUGUGGAACUGCUACUUGGAAUACCCCACACCUACUGGCAAGAACUUCAAGAUGUGUGA